AUGUAUUGGCCUGGAGAUGCAAUUAUCAACACCCAAAUGACCGAAACAGCUGUUUAUUCAUGUCAACGUAAUGAAGUAACUACACCGUCUAGCACUUCUUACAGAUUAUCCAACCUACUUAGACUCGUUCCGACAUGUCUCAAUCAAAUUAUAUCCAAUCUGACGAAACCAGUGAAUAACAGUGAUGUUGUGGAUUUACAUUGAACACUACAACUUCACUUGUAUAUUUGACAGUUUUUUGUGAAUUAUGAGCAAUAAAAUGUUUCUGCGCGAUCAAUCAAUAAACCAUAGUCCUAUG